CCAGGCGGGUGAGAAAUCUCAGCGGGGAAGAAGCCCCUGAGCUCGCAAAUGCCCAGCACGGGGUGUGCAGCAGAGCUGGCGAUUGCAGCCGGGGAGGUGAGGACUGCAGUGCGAGCUGAGCGGGAACAGCCCCUUGCCAUGGCUGAGGCCCCAGAGGCACGGAAUGCUCCGAAUGCCAGCGGCUGAGCGAGCCACGGGGGCUGCUGCUGGACGAGCGAGAAAGCCAGCAGGAGCAUUUCAGGCACGGCAAGGACAGCCCAUCGCUCUGCCCGCUCCCGCUGCUGCUUCCUUCGCUCCCGCCCACAGUCGAUUCCGGCAGCUCUCUUAUCUCGGGGCUGCCACGUCCUCUCCGACUCUUCCUCACUCAGCGAACACGCAGCUUGCUCUCGCCAUGCACCUCGCACAUCUCAUCCUCAGCGUCUUCCUGGCACAGCUCCUGGGCACCAAGGGGCAGAUCACCGUCACUCAGGAAGAUGGACAAGUCAUGGUGAAACAGGGACACACAUUCCACACCACCUGCAAAUACCAGAGCAGUGGUUUUAAUGCCUUGCUCUGGUACCAGCUGCGGAAAGGCCAAGCCCCCCAGCUGCUCUCCUAUCAAGCAGGGACUGGCCCCAGGCACAUCGGCCGUAUCAGCACGCACCUGAACACCACGGGGAAAUACAGUGUCCUGAAGGUGGAGGAAGUGGAGGGCUCUGACAGUGCCCUGUACCUCUGUGCUGUGCCAGACACCCUGGUGCAGGGAGCUUCCUCGGCUGUGCAACAACCCAGGGGAGGGAGGGGAUCUGUCAGUGCAAGGCUCAAAUUGGGAAAAUGGACACAAAUCUCUCCCCAGUAUGCACCAGAAGCCGCAUUACUUGGGUUCAAUGCUCUGACGCUUUUGACACCAUCUCUCCAAGCAUUUCGCUUGGGAAAAUAUAUAAGUCUAUUUUGACUCAUUUCCACAUUGUGCAGUCUCCAAAUAAAAAGCAACAUCCCCUGUGCA